GUUGCGACACAUAUUUGUACCCUCGAAGGGGAAAUCCACCAGCUGAGGGCGAAGGCUCGUAGGAGGGACGCUGAGCUAUUGCGCUGGGGUUUAGCUUUGGAACCCCAGCUGGAGGCGGCUCUUGAGCAGAUCCCGAUUUGUGCAAGCUCAAGCUAUGUGUAUCUGGGCUCUUUGACUUUUUGUCAGCUCUGCUUGGCUGUUCCUUCUUACUAUUGUCAUGUCCUCAAUCUGACUCCAAACGAGAUCAUUAGGGUCUGUCAGUUUACUCGGGCCGAGACGGCUCCUUUCUUCAUUCUUGUUACACCUCAGAACCUCUUUCGAUUCGAAAUUAGGCCCAACCUGACUGUCAUUUUGGUUGUUGCUCCAAAUCCUCAUCCUAAUGUCAUCGAUGUAGACUCCUUUCCAACUGAGUCGGAUGAGGAUGCUGUUACCUCGUCAAGGAGAAAAAGGAAGCGUCGAUGA